UUGAUACAAAAAAGAGAGAACAAAGAAAAGUAAUAGUAGGCAGUGGAAGUAGCAGGUGUUGAAGAAUGAGCAUAAGUGUUGAAGUUGUGGUGGCUCUUGCAGCAGUAUUGGUUGCAUUGAUCCAUUUUUUGCAAGUUUUGGUUUGGAGACCAAAAUCAUUGAGAGCAAAGCUACAUAGGCAGGGUAUUCAUGGCCCUUCUCCUCACUUUUACUUGGGUAAUAUCCAAGAAAUGAAGACCCUUUUACACCAACAACAACAAUUAUCUCUCAAGCAUAAAGAAGAAAAAGAAGAUAUUUGCGAUACUAUAUCUCAUAGCUGGACAUCAAGCUUGUUCCCUCAUAUUCAGAAAUGGAGAAGUCAAUAUGGCCCACUAUACUUGUUUUCAACUGGUACUGCACAAUCGUUAAUGGUGUUGGAUAUAGUGAUGGUGAAGGAUAUUCUCACAGACACCUCUUUGAAUCUUGGAAAACCUUCUUAUCUUUCCGAAGAUAUGGGACCACUUUUAGGCCAAGGUAUAAUAUCAUCAAGUGGGCCAAUUUGGGCUCACCAGAGGAAGAUAAUCACACCUGAAUUAUACCUAGACAAGGUGAAGGCAAUGGUUGGGACAAUAGUUGACUCCACAAAUAUAAUGGUAAGAUCUUGGGAGACUAAAAUAGAAGGAGAUGGGGUGAUUUCAGAGAUUACAGUUGAUGAAGAUUUGCGAAGCUUGUCGGCUGACAUAAUUGCUAGAGUGUGUUUUGGGAGCAAUUAUGUUGAAGGAAAAGAAAUAUUCGCAAAGCUUAGAGAUCUUAUAAAACUCCUCUCCAAGAUAAAUCUUGGAAUUCCAGGCUAUAGGUACUUGCCAAACAAGAGAAAUAUACAAAUAUGGAGACUGGAGAAAGAGAUAAACUCAAAAAUCUUGAAACUUGUAAAACAAUGCCAAGAGAAAGGUAGUGAACAAUUUCUAUUGCAAACGAUACUUGAGGGUGCAAAAAAUUGUGAAGGAAGUGAUGGCCUCUUCUCAAAUUCAAUUUCACAAGAAAGGUUCAUUAUAGAUAACUGUAAAUCUAUAUUCUUUGCUGGGCAUGAUACUACUGCAAUUACAUCAACAUGGUGCUUAAUAUUGUUGGCUAAAUACCAAGAUUGGCAAGACCGUGCUCGUGCAGAGGUACUUGAAGUUUGUCGAGACGGUAAUCUAGAUGCAAGUAACCUUAGAAAAAUGAAAACGUUAACAAUGGUGAUUCAAGAGACUUUAAGGCUUUAUUCACCUGUAUUGUUUGCCGCAAGAACAACAUUAAAAGAUUAUGAUUUAAAAGGUAUCAAAAUUCCAAAAGGAAUCACUAUUCAGAUUCCAAUCCCGAUAUUUCAGGAAGACAAGGAUAUAUGGGGGGUCGAUGCACACGAAUUCAAACCUGAAAGAUUUUCAAAUGGUGUGCUUGGAUCCUGCAAGUUUCCACAAGCUUAUAUGCCAUUUGGAAUCGGUUCACGUGUCUGUCCCGGGCAACAUUUAGGCAUGAUAGAAUUGAAGGUGAUAUUGUCUCUCAUUCUGUCAAAGUUUCGAUUCUCUCUGUCGUCAACUUACUGUCAUUCACCGACCCUUCGUAUACUUAUUGAACCUGGUCAUGAUGUUGUUCUCAAAAUGACAAAAAUCUAAAAUGCAUUUCCCCUUGUUCAUUGGGGUUCCUUUUUCAUUGUUUUGUUGAUGGUUUUGUAAUAAGCCUAGUUUUCUUUGAAACAGGUAUUGAGAACAUGUUCAAUGUUAUUUCUUCCUAAAACUUGUGAACCGUUGGAACUCUCUUUUUAUUU